AUGCAGCUGACCGGGACUUCGGAGAUGAAGCUGAAAAUCUUCGCUCCAAACGGGUGUGUGGUGGAUAAUAAAGAAACUGUGGUAAGUUUUACUCGCACGACGUCUCUCGGCAGCGGCAUCGAGUUGGAGCUCAAGUUCGCGUUGGACAUCCAGAAAAAACUCAAUGCACUGAGUCAUCGAUCAAAUAUCGAGUUUGGAUCCACUAAUACGAUCCAGAGUUUCUCCGCCGGAACUGUCCAUUCCAGUCAGAAUUUCGCCAAGAUGCAAGUGACGAGCAAGACCUCGCAAGAUCUCGCUCCUACCGGAGUUGGCAUUGACGUGGAAGUUGGCGUCAUUCCGACGGUAACUGGUGGUAUCAACCUGUUAACGAGCAUUGCGAAAAUAGCUGUCAAGACACGAUUCACUCUCUUUACCCGCCACUAA